AGACUCCGAUUCGGUCUCUCUUCUCCUUUCGGUGGCACACGGUGGUCGACAGUUUUUAAGAAAGCUAAACCGAUUGAUUAUUUUGAAUCCUUAAAAAAAGAGUUAACGGGGAAUAUUGCUCACCUAUCUAAGACCUCCAAAGGAAAAAACAGAGACAGCUUUUUGAUCCACUUCGCACUUGUUAUCUUCAUAGAUUACAUUCUUGAAAGGUACCAAUGAUGACGUUUUACACGCAGUCUUUGUCAGCUCAGAUUGCUAUUACCACCGUGUUCUCCAUACUGGUGCUGAUCAGUGUGGUUGGCAACAUUUUGGCUUGCAUCGUGAUUCUCGCAAAUCGCUCCAUGAGAACACCCAUGAAUUAUCUCAUUCUUAACCUGGCGUUAGCAGAUAUCAUGGUUGUGUCUUUUGUCACUCCACGCUUCAUCUUUAUUCAUGCAUUCGAUCACCCAGACGGACUGCUGGGAACGCUUAUAUGCAAACUGUUUACUGGCAGCAAUUUCAGCUGGUUGGGUGGCUCAGCGUCUGUGUAUUCCCUGGUGGCCAUCUCUGUCGAGCGUUACUUCGCUGUCGUCCACCCGUACGGUAACAGAGGCAAGCUAACGAUGAAGAGGGUUAAAUAUGUCAUAGCGGGCUGUUGGGUUCUCGCAGUAGCAUUCAACCUGCCGCUGUUCUUCACAAUGCAGUAUAAUCCAGAGAUUGACUUCUGCACUGAGUAUUGGCCAGCUAUGUGGAUGGCACGCGUUUACAGCACUUCCUGGUUAAUUUUCUUCGGUGCGCUGCCUAUUGCUCUCAUGACCGUGCUUUACGCACGGGUCGUUAGGCGACUUUGGUUCAAACGAGAUCAAGGUUCUCGCGUCACGCAAGCAGCGGUUCUCAAGUCACGCAAACGCGUGACAAAAAUGGUGAUUACGGUCAGCUUAGUGUACAGCGUCACGUGGUUUCCAGUCCUAAUCAUCUACAUGUUGAACUACUUUCAUGACUCACAGCAGUAUGGCAACAUUGUCUACAUCAUCGGCAUCGUAAUUGUCACCUUCAACUCGUGCGUUAAUCCCUUCGUUUACGUGUUCGUCAAUGAGCGCUUCAGAAACCACCUAAAGCGGUUGUUUAGGCUCCCUUGUCAGGGUGCGAAUCGAAUGAACUUGGAGCGGGGCGAGCCUACAAAUGAUGGAGCAGAUAGCAGUUCACAACAUCACAGACCAGCCAUUUAUGUAGUUGCUCAAGAAUUAGGUAAGAGAUGCAAAUCGCGGUCUAUUGCUGUAUGUUUUCAUAGACUCCAAGCAGACUUUUCCAAAAAUAUGAGAAAGAGCGCAAAUUUUAGGCAAGAAGGAUAUCUUUUCGCCUCGUGUCGAGUGAGAGACAAAGGAAAAAAAUCUGAGUCCCCAUGACGAAACGAACUUUUAGAUAACUCUAUAAUUGUUAAUCAAAAGUU